UAUGAUAACCCGCCAAGCUAAGCUACUUUUUUCACACCAAAAGCCUCUCUCUCUCUCUCUCCCUCUCUCUCCUCAAGAAAUAAAGAAAAGCAUUUUUUACUCUCUCUCUGGAAGCGUCUGUCUUGUAUCGCCUUCUUCUCCCGUUGUCCUCGUUUGUUUGUAGAGAAUAAAGAGAGGAAGGAACGGUUUGAGGGAUUGAGAGAUUGAAGGGAAACAAUACUUAAUCGGAAAAUGAGCAGCGGCGGCGGUGAUUCGAUGGAGGCGGAGUACAUACGGAGGCACCACAGGCACGAGCCCAGAGAGAACCAGUGUACUUCGGCUCUGGUCAGGCACAUCAAAGCCCCUGUGCAUCUCGUGUGGUCAUUGGUGAGGAGAUUUGAUCAGCCCCAGAAGUACAAGCCGUUUGUUAGUCGGUGCACCAUGAAGGGGGACCUUGGCAUUGGGAGCGUUAGAGAGGUGAAUGUUAAAUCUGGGCUGCCCGCAACAACCAGCACUGAGAGGCUGGAGCUUCUUGAUGAUGAUGAGCACAUUCUUGGAAUCAAGAUUGUUGGCGGUGAUCAUAGGCUAAGGAACUACGCUUCAAUUAUUACUGUACACCCUGAGGUUAUUGAAGGAAGACCGGGGACACUUGUUAUUGAAUCCUUUGUGGUGGAUGUGCCUGAGGGGAAUACCAAGGAUGAGACAUGCUACUUUGUUGAGGCCCUGAUCCGGUGCAACCUCAAGUCUUUGGCUGAUGUCUCAGAGAGGAUGGCUGUCCAGGACCGAACUGAACCUAUCAAUCAUUAGUGGAGUUGGGGAAUGGCACAGGAGUACGAUAGGCUAUAGGUAAACCAAGCAUGUGGUUUUUUUGUCUCAAAUGCUGUGUAGAGAUAGUCGGAGCUUUCCUUCCAUUCACCGAAGUUUUGGAUCUUUUGCAUUUCUGACUGAUGAACAUCCUUCCUACCCUCUUUCCAA